AUGAAAACACACCGCUCCUUUGACAAAGUCAAAUUCAAGUUACUUCUGAUCGGUGGGAGGCAGCUCUCUAAGAUCUGGCCAGAGCCGUCCGUCCUUCAGCCAGUGUGGGAAAACCUCCUGAAGUACCACCAGGCUGAGCCUCAGAGCCCUCUGUUCCCCGUGGUCAUCUCAUUCUCCACCUACCUCCUCCUGGUGACCCUCUACACCCUGUUGGACGUCCUGGCCCCCAGCUGGCCCACCCUCAACCGCUACAAGCUCCACCCAGACAGACCUGUCACAUGGGACAACAUCUGGACCAUGCUCGGCCUCACAGUCCACAACCACCUGGUCUAAGUCUUCCCUCCUCUGUGGGCCAGGGUGUGGAGGCCACCCAUCCUGCUCCCUCGCAAAGCCCCCACUCUAACAAGCUUCCUCCUGGGCAUCCUGGGGUGCACAGUGGUCUUUGACUUCCAGUACUACCUCUGGCAUCUCCUCCACCACAGAGUCCCCUGGCUGUACUGUACAUUCCACGCCAUGCACCACCAGUAUCUUCAGCCCUUCAGCCUGGUCACCCAGUACCUGUCCGCAUGGGAGCUGAUCAGUGUGGGAUUCUGGACCACCGUGGACCCCCUCUUGCUGCAGUGCCACUGCUUGACGACCUGGUGCUUCAUGGUGUUCACCAUCUGUGUGUCCACUGAGGACCACCAUGGCUACGACUUCCCCUGGUCUCUGCACCGCAUGGUACCCUUCGGCCUGUGGGGCGGACCCCCCAAACAUGACGCUCACCACCAGAUGCCUGGGGCAAACUUUGCCCCGUUCUUCUCCCACUGGGACUGGCUGGGGGGGACCAACAUGGUGCCUACCAUCCCUUCCAGAGAUACAUGUUACGAAAGGUCUGAAAGGAAGAAAAGAUAA